GGGAAAACGGGAGUACCCGGAGAAAAACCUCUCGGAGCAGAGAAGAGAACCAACAACAAACUAAAGUAUUUUGUUGAUAGCUGCGUCUUUUUUGCUUGAGAGCACCAGAUUAGCUCUGGACGCAUUAGGCUAGGAUAUUGUUCCUUCGGCAGUUUUAAAACCUGUGUUAACUAGUUAGAGACAAAUUGUAAGUCAUCUUCACAAACUGGAAACGGGUUUUUAGAUGUAAGAAGAUAGCUCUGUUCUUUACUCCUCGUAUGGGUCAGAUGGAAACUGUGGAAGGUUUUACUGGAGCUUUCAUUUUCAGGUAAGCAUGAAAACCGUACUUUUGCUUUAUUUUAUUGUUUUUUCUUUGCACUUUUUAUGAAGCAAGUACUUUGUACCAAGCACAAAAGGCUGGAACUGAAGUUGGUUUUGCUUCUGGUUGUCUUAGGGCUAUUUCAGCUCUUCUAGAAAAUUGACAAAGGAAUUGUUGUGCUCGCAACAAACUCGGUAGCCAGCAUCUCGUUCAUGUUUGCAGCACGAGAAAAGAGAAUACAUUGGAGAAUAUAUUGGCCUGAGGGCAUGGCAGUAUGGACCGAGCGCAGCGAGGUCCGUACAAAAACGACCGAGGGCCGAUAUGCUAGGUUUGUAAGUAGUCUGUUAUAUGGCACCCGAGCCAUGCUUCUUUAUGAUUUGCCAACUUUCGAAAACAAAAAAUACACGGCUUAUAACUGUUUCCAUAUAAACGAUCCGUAUGGCAAAAUCCGACCAAGAAAGAACCGAUUAGAACACUCGGAUUUACCUAAAGACUACCUUACGGUAAUACUACCUUACUACGGUAAUAUAGCGGCGUGCUUAUUCAGUCUUGCAGUGCGGGUAAAGCAAAACAUAAGACUACAGGAAGAACGAUUGAACGUCAUCUCUGGCGCGCCUGAAAUAGAGGGUGAGAGAGUUAAAAAGGAAAGACUGACUUGUGACGCAUAUUUUUUAGGCGAUGAAGCAUAAUCAUCCCCUAAAGUAACAUUGGACAUCGAUUAGUAUCUAUGUUGCUCGUAAGGUGCACUCGCCGUUGAAUUUCGACCCCGACCAAUGGAAGCAUGAAGCCUUUAUCAGGGUUAGCUAGCGAAACAAACCUACAAUUCUACCUACUCUGGGAAAGUAACAAGGCUCGCUAGCCCAAGAGUAAUCUAAAGUUCUUCUGUCAUUUCCAAUACUGUCAGCAAUCGAUACAGGUAAACAUUUUCUCAACAUUCCUACGGAUGUUUGUGUUGACUUUCGCAAGAGUCGAUAUCAGUCGAUGAAAAAAUCCUAUCAAUUGACAUUAAUUGAUAUUAAUAGAUAUCACGUGAAUUGAAAUCACAGUUUUUCUUUCCAUCGACUCGUGAUUUUUAUUCGAUUCUUCGCUCAUGGAGUGAUUGCAUUUGGAGCCCUUAUUGACCUUGUAAUUACUACGGUUUAAUAGCUUUUUGAGUGACAUAUCCCCGUUAGAAAUUAGUCUAACUCGAAGGCUAACUGAAAGUCCCACUCGAUGUACAACUGGCGUGAAUACAAUGGCAAAGGGUUUAACUCCUGCGAUAAAGUAAAGACGGUAUAUGCCUGGUUUAAUACCUAGUACCAAGUUCAAAAUGUGCUAAAAAAAGGUCGAGAGUCAAAGUGUCAAUGGUAUUUUUUGGGAGGAGUGGGGAGGGGGAGCUUGCGUAUUCCUCUAGACGCUUGUAAUAAUUGAGUAUACAAUAGAAUGAUAAUUGGUGUACAAUGGAACGCAACAGUCGCUUGACAAACAAUCGAACUGUUAUCGUUAAUCAAACACCAGCAUUCCACGUUCCCACAGCAUUUUUCGUCGGUUGUGACCUCAAAUGUCACGUGAUUUUGAUUUUGGUUCCCUCACGAGUAAUUUUAAAUGUUUUAAAGAUGCAUAUUUCAUCCAAUAAUGGGCAGGUCCCUAUACUAUCUUUAUCUUUUCUUCACAGACACACCUCGCAAAGCUAUGGCGCUCUCCCGUUAUUGGAAAUGCGCUUUUUGCUUUUUUGGCUUUAUCUGUCUCUUAGCAGCGUUGUCAAUAUUUGUAUUGGCUGUACGUCUAAAAAGAUGCGACCAGCGCCCAUUUGAAGUUAGUCAUGAUAAAAGAUACCACGCCCCCUGGUUUAAAGAGAGCAUUGUAAAGGAACUGAAUGAAAUCCACCUGGAAAUGCAAAAACUACCCACCUCUAAACAAGCACCCUCGACAAGAUUGAUUCAGCGAUUAGGACGCAUUGUAAAACGUCUUGACAACAGACUAGAACCGGCAAGUGCACCCAUUGAGACAAGCAACAAGGAUGGUAGCGUGGAUGUGUGCGCGGAGGUGUACAAAGGGAACAAGCUGGGUUAUCCUUACUUUGCGGAGAAGUGCUGGUACACCACCAACUGCACCAAUGCUAAACCAAUUCGUUCUGUGGUAAGUAUUUUAGUCAAUACUGUUGCAUAUCCUAAGGAAGAUGAGAACCACGUCGAGAAUGUUUUAAAAGGGAUUACCGAGACGUACCCAACAGUUCAGGUUCAAUUGGCAACGGGAAGUAACGAGAUGAAAAAGGUUGCCGAAAAGUAUAACAACAUUGAUGUCGUUAUGCUGGACGAUACAAAGCUAAGCAAAGCGUGGAACACACUUAUAACAAAAACCUCAACUCCUUAUGUACUCGUUGCACGUGACAUUUUCCACUUUACAUGGCUCACCCAGCUUGAGCGGCAAAUUCGUGUGGUGAGUCGGAUACCAAAUGUUGCAGUUGCAGGCGGAGCAUACCGUAAUGUCUCGGGUCACUGGAAAGCUGGCUGUGUGCAGACUAAGCUAAAGAACUACGUCCUGGAAUACCAGGAAGGCUAUUAUCACUCAAAGAAUGAGUGCAUGUUCUGUGAUUAUCUGCAGGGUCCUUUCGUUACUAAAACAAGUCUGUUGAAGCUUGACGAGAACCUUCCAGAUGAGGUUGUGUUCGAAGAUUGGUUUUUAAGCGUUGUUCAAGAUGGCGCCCUGAUCAUGGCAUGUCCAGAUGCUAUGUAUUUCACUAGAGAUUACCAUUCAUAUUCCAAAAGAACUGAUAAGAAGGUGUGGACACCAUUGGCUAAAAAGUGGGAGCUUAAUCGGGUGUUACAACCCCAGGGAGUCAAACAUUCCUUUACUUGUCAAGAUAUUGGUUUUACAUGCAAUGCCCAGAGCGGUUUACUCCCAGUUUGCUGUCAGGAACUCUAUAAAGAAGCCGUGUCUUUUUUCCAAAAGUUUGCCGAUGAGCACAAUGUCAGAUUCGAGCUGGAUAGUGGUUCAGUAUUAGGCGGUGUUAAGUUCAAAGGCCUUAUUCCUUGGGACAUUGAUGGCGAUUUCUUCGUAUUGUCCACAGAUAUCGAAAUUUUUAACAAAAAAGAGACAAUAGAACAUUUCCGGAAAAAUGGUUACAGCCUAACCGAGUAUGAAACACCAAUGCUUGACGGAAAAAAAUACAUGUAUGACGGAUAUGUGAAAGUUAACUUCAACGGAUUUUAUAUUGAAGUAUUUGGCACGACUGCUAUGUCAAACACUGUGUAUCUUCCAACAGAACUGCAAAAGCAUGAAACGUUCACCAAAGCAAGCAUUCGGGGUAACUGGGUUGAUACGAAGUAUAGUCCUGGUUUGUACGCAAGGAAUCGGUACGGAAGAGAAAUACUAAAGCAUUCCCAGUCCUGGUUCAAAGUGGGAUUACCACACAGUUUUGCUGACUAUGAGACUGGAAGCUUCCUACCUUGCAAAAAUCCUCUGCACCACGCUUGCCUGAGUAGUUUCCCUGGCGACGGUGACAUUCCUUUUUUAGUGGCAUAGCAUCAGCUAACCUCCCUAUAGUAUUGUUAUAUUCCUAAAACCUUUCAGUGAUGGCUUUUUUCCUGGUGAAAUUUGUCAGAGAGAUGAUAAAUCGAUAAGAUUAAUUGGCAAAAGUACUUCGUGUCGCCGAAUUAUAAUCAAGACAACAAUGACGAUGAAUGCAGGUAAUAGUCUUUAUUAAUGAAUGAAUGAAAAAAGCAGAUGUUUAUAAAGCUUUUGUCCCUGUAAAGUUAGCUCUCACGGUUUACAGACCGAAUUGUUGUCCACUCAGUUCUAUAUAUCACCAUCAUUUGUUAUAUCAUUGUAGCUAGGGCUUUUUACGAAAUAACGCGCGCCGUGAUUGGGUUAAUUGUAGUCGUAGCCGUUUUUUCCAGCUUUAAUUCCCGUAUGCAUUGUGACCAUUUAUGCUUAGCUGGCUGGAAAAACCAGCUGAUGAAAAACCAUUCAAAAAAACUUGUUCUUACACCACCAUCUGCAGCCCGACAAAUCCUAAGCCGUAUUGAGGGAAUAUUGCUUGAGGUCUCAUUGGUAAGGAUCGAGCGGCUCGGAUAACACGAAGUGCUUAUUUUAUAGCUAGGGUUUGUAAUG